GUGCAGAGAAAUAGACACAUUUGUUUACAAUUUUCGUACAGAAUACUUGUAGUGCUUAUUAUAAUUUCAACUAUUUUAUUAUUAUUCGAUGAAAUUCAAGUUUGAAACUUAAAAUGGGGAAGCGAAGACAUAAUAUAAAAGGUCGUCAAGUGACUGAUGUUAUUGUUGACAACACUGAAACGAAAAAGAUAAAACUCGAUUUGGCUGCCGCUGACGAUGAAUACGGAUUCGAUCAAUCAAAUGCAUUAGUUUUGCCAUCGAAAAAACGUGAAACGAAAAUUAAAAAAACCGAACAGAAACAAGUGACUCGCAUUCUGUCAAAAAAACAACGGAAAAAUUUGGAGAAAAUCGUCGAGAAAAAGAAGAAGAAAGAAGGCAGAUCCGAGCUUUUGGAAAAAUUGGCAUCAGUUCAAUUGCCGGCGAAUGAUCUGAAGAAAUUAACUUCGAUUGUCAACGUUCAAACGAAAGGUGUAAAAAAAUUCAAGCAAUUUGGCGAGUUGAUCGAUGCACCGAAUUUAGCUGAAAUCGACGAGAAUAACGAAAGUGAGCAAAAACGAUGGAGCAGUCUGGCUGGAAAAAAACGCAAGGAGAGAUUAGCUCUUUUGCAUGGAUAUAAUAAAGACGACGACGAAGAUGACGAAAAGUCGGCCCAACAUGAUUUGAAUAUGAUUGGCACUGAUCAAGUUAGCUCAAGUGAGGAUGAAAGUGAACAGGAUGCAACUGAUGAUGAGAAUCAAGAGGCAAGUGACGAAGAUGUAGAUGUAGAAGUAGACCAAACUAAUGAAAAAAUCGAAGAAAAUGUUGUGAAUGCACCUGAAGAAGAAAUGAAAAAUGAAGAUGUCGACCAGAAGGAUGGCAAAGCAUUAUCAAAAAAUCAAUCAAGUGCAGUUGAACGAAGACCGGCUGUAUAUAUUCAUGUGGAACGUACAUCUGAAGUUCAAGCGGCUCGAUUGAAACUGCCAAUUCUUGGCGAAGAACAAAUUAUUAUGGAGGCGAUUAACGAAAAUAAUAUCGUAAUAUUGGCCGGAGAAACAGGUAGUGGAAAAACGACGCAAGUGCCCCAAUUCUUGUACGAAGCUGGUUACGCCGAGAAGAAAAUGAUCGGUAUAACGGAACCUCGACGGGUGGCAGCCAUUUCCAUGUCUAAGCGAAUUGCACACGAGAUGAAUUUGUCGUCGGAUAUUGUGUCGUAUUUGAUUCGUUUCGAAGGUAACACCACUGAGAAUACCAAAAUUAAAUUCAUGACGGAUGGUGUUUUGUUGAAGGAAAUUGAGUCUGAUUUCACACUGAAUAAAUAUUCGGUGAUUAUUUUAGACGAAGCGCAUGAACGCAGUGUUUACACUGAUAUUUUAGUGGGUUUGCUAUCACGGAUCGUUCCAUUACGACAAAAAAGAGGAAAUCCAUUGAAGCUAAUCGUUAUGUCGGCCACGCUGCGAGUUGAGGACUUUACAAAAAAUCGCCAACUAUUCAAAAUUCCACCGCCUGUUUUGAGUGUGGAAACACGACAAUUUCCCGUGACAAUUCACUUUAAUAAAUACACUACGGAUGACUAUGUGAAGGAAGCAUAUAAUAAAACGGUUAAAAUUCACACAAAAUUGCCAGAAGGUGGAAUUUUAGUGUUUUUAACCGGUCAACAAGAAGUGAAUAAUUUGGUUCGAAAAUUGCGCAAAGCCUAUCCGUAUAAACCUUCAACGAACACGAAAGAUGCAUCGAAAAAUGGCGAUAAAAAACCCAUUAAUCAAGACAAUUCUGAUCAUGAAGAUUCCGAGGAUGAAUUUAAUAUUCGAAGAGCGAUAAAAGAAGUAAAAAAAUCAAAAAAGAAAUUGGCCUCUCAAAUGGCCAUUCCGAAAGUGAAUUUGGAUGAAUAUAAAUUGCCAUCAGAUGACACUGAAGCAGAUUUAUUCGAUGUGGAUAGUGUGGCUGGUGAUGAGAGUGACUCUGAAUUGGGUAGCGAUACGAAUCUAGAACAUAUGACAGCAUUAAAAGCAUCUCAACCUCUUUGGGUCUUACCGCUGUAUUCGUUGCUACCAUCGCAUAAACAGCAAAUGGUAUUUGACCCGCCACCAGAUGGAACUCGAUUGUGUGUGGUGACUACGAAUGUGGCCGAAACAUCGCUUACCAUUCCGAAUAUCAAGUACGUUGUGGACUGUGGGCGACAAAAGACUCGUUUGUACGACAAAGUAACGGGAGUCAGUGCAUUUGUUGUGACAUUUACGAGUAAAGCGGCAGCUAAUCAACGUGCCGGUCGUGCUGGUCGAACAGCAGCCGGUCACUGCUAUCGAUUGUACUCAAGUGCCAAAUAUAACGAUGAUUUUGUUGAAUUUGCCGUUCCUGAUAUUCAAAAGAAGCCGGUUGAAGAUCUCAUGCUUCAAAUGAAAUGUAUGGGAAUCGAUAAAGUCGUUAAUUUCCCAUUUCCUUCACCGCCCGAUUUGCUUCAAUUGAAAGUUGCAGAAGAGAAAUUAAUACUGUUGGGUGCAUUGGAGGCUGUUCCAAAUACUAAAACUGAUGAAACGCUUACUCGCAUCACAUCAUUGGGCAAAGCGAUUUCAGUUUUUCCUGUUGCACCACGCUUUGGCAAGAUGUUGGCUCUAAGUCAUCAACACAAUCUAUUGCCAUACACCGCUUGCUUAGUGGCCGCACUUUCCGUUCAAGAAGUGUUAAUCGAAGUAACGACUGAAGAUGAUGAACAAGUGCAAAAAAAAUCCAAAUGGACAGCGAAACGAAAGCAAUGGGCAGGUGAAGGGAAUUCAUUGUUGCUUGGUGAUCCGUGCGUGCUGCUUCGUGCCGUCGGUGCUGCCGAAUAUGCACAUUCAUUGGGCAAAUUAGACGAAUUUUGCCGUGAUAAUGGGCUGCGAACAAAAGCUGUAACCGAAAUUAGAAAAUUACGUAUUCAAUUGACAAAUGAAAUUAAUUUGAAUAUGCCCGAUGUGGAGUUGAAUGUGGAUCCAAAGUUAAAACCACCAACCGAUAUCCAAGCAAAAUUACUUCGUCAGAUUUUGUUAUCCGGCAUGGCCGAUCAAGUGGCUCGACUAAUUCCGCAGGAAGAGAUAGCGGAUAAAGAUGAUCGACGAAAAUUUAAGUAUGCAUACAAACGACAUGAUAUGGAAGAUCCUGUCUUUUUGCAUUCGUCGUCGGUUUUACGUAACACACGACCCGAAUGGGUAGUUUAUCAAGAAAUCUACGAAAUUCAAAAUGGUGACACCACCAAAAUGUUCAUGCGAGGCGUAACAGCCAUUGAAUCUGAUUGGCUGCUGAUUUAUGCAAAUUCACUAUGCAACAUAAAAUCAAUCAAGGAGACUCCAGCGCCACGAUAUAAUCCGAAUAAUGGCAAAAUUUACUGUCACUGUGAAUCGACAUUUGGAAAUUCUGGGUGGGAAAUUCCUGUUGCCGAAAUCGAAAUGCCCACCAAUGAACUGGUAUACAAAUAUUUCGCAAUGUUCUUUUUGAAUGGGGAGAUGUUCCCACAGCUGAAAGCAAACGUAAAAUUGUUACGGUCAUCUCCGAAAAAUAUCGUCAAAUCAUGGGCACAAAAUACGCCGCACAUAUUAGGAUUUGUGAAUACACUGAUCAGACAUAAAGUGGUUAACAAACAGAAAAUUUUGGACAUUUGGAGCAAAGAUCAAUUUUAUCUUCUUCAAGAGUAUCGAAAUUUCUUAAUCGAAUCAGCAUCUGAUGUUGCACUCAAAUGGCCGCCAAUUGAUAAUUAGUCAUAAGUUUUUAUUGAAUUUAUGGAUGCUAGUUAUUAACUAUUCACAAUGCAAAAAAUUGAUUGUUUAUUCUAAUAAAUAGUUAAAUUCAUUUUAA